AUGACGAAUUCUAACGGAACACCAUUCCAAGUUCCUAUGCUUACAAAAGAGAACUAUGGAAAUUGGUGUAUUCGAAUGAAGGCCUUGCUUGGUGCCUAUGAUGUUUGGGAACCAGUAGAGUCCGGUGUUGAUGAAGCAGAAGAUGUCGUUGCCUCAAAGAAGAAGGAUCAAAAGGCACUCACUCUCAUCCAUCAAGGUUUGAAUGACAAGAUGUUCGAGAAGGUUGCAAAUGCAACAACCUCCAAGGAAGCAUGGGAUAUUCUUCAAACUUCUUUUAAAGGUUUGGACAAAGUGAAAAAAGUUCGCCUCCAAACCUUAAGAGGAGAGUUUGAAUCAUUGCAUAUGAAGGAAAAUGAAUAUGUUGUGGAUUAUAUUUCGAGAGUUUUGGCUAUUGUCAAUCAAAUGAAAAGAUAUGGUGAAGAGUUGAAAGACGAUAGGGUUGUGGCAAAAAUACUACGAUCCUUAAUUUCAAAAUUUGAUUUUAUUGUUGUUGCCAUUGAAGAGUCCAAAGACUUGGACACCAUGACCAUAGACGAGCUUUCGAGUUCCUUGCAAGCACAUGAAGAGAAGUUGAUGAAACCGAAAGAAGAAUCGGUUGAACAAGCGUUGCAAGCAAAAUUUUCUUUCAAAGAGAAAGAUGAAAGGCGUGGCUCGCAACAAAGAGGCCGUGGAAAUGGAAGAGGUCGUGGUAGAGGCGGAAGAGGAGAUAACUUUGAAGAGAAAAAUAAUUUCGUGGAGAGCAAAAAUGAAGAUGAAGAUGCCACCUUGCUUCUUGCAUGCAAAGGAGAAGAAAGUGCCGAGAAGCACCGAUGGUACCUUGAUUCCGGUGCAAGUAGCCAUAUUUGUGGAAAGAAGGAUUUAUUUGUGGAACUUGAAGAGUUGAAUCGUGGCACAAUCACUUUUGGAGAUUCUUCACGUGUUAAAAUCAAAGGAAAAGCUGCUGCCAUGGAUGCUCAAAACUUUUGGAAGCUCUUUGGCCGUUUUAUACUUUUGUUAUCUGGCCUUUUCCUCGCACUUCAUGGAACUCUCCCCGACAAUACUGAGAUAUGUCAUGUUCACCACAAUGAGACCCAGACGAAGGCCCUUCAUGCUAUUGAAUGUAUUGCUGCAACAGUAGUGCAACAACAAGACUUCAGAGAUUUAGUUAAUGGAACAUGGGAACAAGAGCAUGUAACUACAGAUGAUGGUAUGCAAGCUCUCAAGGACCUUCCUGAUGAUAAAGCACCUGGUAUUGAUAGAUACACUACUUAA